GGACCUGUUACCGGCAGGAUCUCCCCGUUCCUCCACCCCCGAACUCCGUUACCAGGGGGCUCGGGGGCACCUCUCCGGUUCAGAGCCACCGGCGGCCGCAGCGGAGCCGCCCCCGGCCCGGCCCCGUUCCCGGUGUCCCCGUGAGACCCUCCGGGAUGAGUACCGGGGCAGUUUCACGCCCCGCUGUGCCCCUGGUGCCCCAGAGCCCCGAUCCCCGCUGGGGCAGGGAGGGGUGAUCGCGGCCCUUCCCGGCACGGGGCGGGACUUGGCUGGAUUCCCCGGGAUCCCGGAGAUCCUGGUCCCCAGCGCCGGGCGGAGGCGGCGGCACCGCCGGGGACCGUGGUGGAGACAGGGGGACCCCGAGGAGGGGGCUCAAGGGAUUCAUCCCCGGGUGUGGGGGCACGAGAGAUCCCGCGGGGGGAUCCCCAGGGAACCCCAUGGAGGCACCGGAGCUCCCGGAGCCCGACGGGCUCCUCCCGGAUCCCCCCUCGCUCCCGGUGCCGGUACUGGGCUUCCAGACCCUGACGCUCCCGGAGGAUGAUGGCAGCGCAGCCGAGGAGCUGCUGGGGCUGACGGUGAACCCCGACAUCGCCUGCGGCCUCGGCGCCGGCCCGGAGCCCCCCCUGCCCGCCGGGGGUCCCCCGGUGCUGCUGGAGGUGGUGUGUGACCUCAGCGCUCCGCUGUACCCCGCGCUGCUCCCCGGCAUCGAGCUGUGCCCUCACCCCGAGCCCCCGCCCGCGCUCCGGCUGACGGAGGAGGAGAAGCGGCUGCUGGCGCAGGAGGGGGUGACCCUGCCCGGGGACCUGCCCCUCACCCAGGCCGAGGAGCGGCUCCUGAAGAAGGUGCGGAGGAAGAUCCGGAACAAGCAGUCGGCGCAGGACAGCCGGCGGAGGAAGAAGGAAUACCUGGACGGGCUGGAGAGCAGGGCGGCCGCGUGCUCGGCGCUGAACCAGGAGCUGCGGAAAAAGGUCCAGGAGCUGGAGAAGAGCAACGGGUCUCUCCUGCGGCAGCUCCAGGCGCUGAUCAAGGAAACAUCCUCCAAACCCGCCCAGACCGGCACCUGUGUCCUGAUCCUGUUCCUGUCGCUGGCGCUGAUCCUGCUCCCCAGCUCCAGCCCGUUCCGCCGGGGCGGCAGCCGGGACGGCCUCGGACCCACCGGAGUGAUCUCCAGGAACAUCCUGACGCGGCAGGAGCCGGGAGCGGCCGCGGAAUCCCCGUUCCUGGCGUGGGUGUCGGGGUCAGAGCUGGGAACCGGUGUGGAGGAUGGAGCUGGGGAGGAGUCCUGGGAUGGGAUUCCCGUCCCCCAGAGGGAUCCAGGGAUCAAUUCCUCCAGACAGGAUGUGGGGACAGGGACACGGGGACGUGGGGAUGAGAUGUGACUGGGAGAGCCCAGGAUGGGGGAGCACUCCGGAAUAAACUCCCACUCUGUUUGCA